AUGUUAGGAUUAGGGAGCAGGGGAGCAGCUGAGCUUAGGACUGUGGUAUGCAGGAGCUCUAGAUCUGCAAUCCAUACACCGCGGGCUUUCUCAGUCCUCAAUCGCCCACCACCAAAUUAUCCCGGCCAUGUCCCAUUAACGACAAUUGAGCGUGGCGCUCUUGCUGUGGGUUCGGCAAUUGGGUCUCUGAUCAAUGUUCGGAGAGCAGACCUAAUUGCAGCCCUCGGAGAAGCCACCGCAACCCCUUAUUUUAUAUAUCGUCUCCGGGAUGCCAUGCUCUCAGACCCUACCGGCCGGCGCAUCCUCCGCGACCGUCCUCGCAUUACCUCCCGAACUCUUCAACUCACCUACCUCCGCACACUCCCCGAGAACUCCGUGGGCCGGGCAUAUGCUACUUGGCUCGACCGCGAAGGCGUAACUCCAGAUACGCGUGACCAGGUACAGUACAUCGACGACGAAGAAUGCGCCUAUGUCAUGCAAAGAUACCGCGAGUGCCACGAUUUCUACCACGCCGUAACAGGGCUCCCGACCUUUGUCGAAGGCGAGCUAGCGCUCAAGGCACUCGAAUUUCUGAACACACUGCUGCCCAUGACGGGGCUGAGUAUGGUUGCCUAUGUGCGGAUGAAACCGGCGGAGAAGGAGCGGUUUCUGUCCCUGCAUCUACCAUGGGCGGUGCGCAGCGGGCUGGGCAGUAAAGAACUGAUUAAUGUAUACUGGGAAGAGGUGCUAGAGAAGGAUGUCCGCGAAUUGAGAGCCGAGUUGAACAUCGAACAGCCACCGGAUUUGAGAGAGAUAAGGAAGAUGAUCCGCCUGCAAAAGAAACGCGAGAAGGAGCAGCAACAGAAGGCUGCAUAG